CCUUACCUUUUGCUCGACAGUCCCGUCAUCGUCCUCGUCCUUGUCGAACAUGUCUUCCUAUAAAUCAGCCGCGUUCAGAAACAAACAGCCCUUAUCUUCAUCGGAAUCAAAAUUCCAUCCUCACGUCCCAACACUCCAAGAACUAUUCCCCACUUGGUCAAACGAAGAUCUCCAGUCUUUACUCAAUGAAGUUGGAGGUGACCUUGAUCUUGCUAUAUUUCGAAUCAGCGAAGGGCACGCGGAACAAUGGGGCUCGGUUUACGCGCAAAAAAGACAAAAAGACUCCUGUAGUUCAGCACGCACCAUCAAAGGACCCAAGUGUCCUCGCGUAGUGACUCGCGUGGUGGUCGAGGUGGGCGCGGGGGACGCGGUGGUCCCGGAAGAGGCAGUCGUGGUCGUGGUGGCGCUCGGGGUGCACCUCCUGUUAAUGGUCAUGCUUCCCGUUCCAAAGCUUCAGGUCCCGCUCCAGAAGACAAGCCAGCGCAGGUGGAGGAUCUCACUGAGCAUGCUGUUGAUAAACCAGAGUCGAAUGAAGGUUGGAGUGUUGCGCAGGAAGCAAAUGAAUCGACUGCAGCUUCGACUUGGCCUUCAGAGUCUGCGCCUGCUGAGCCGGCUCCUGCUCAAUCACCGCCCUCGAGUUCUACUCCGUGGGGUGGUAAUACUAGUUGGGGUACUACUGUGGCUGCUGCGCCUAAACCUCCUAUAUUAUCUGCUAAAUUCCCGGCGACUUCUAAACUUUCGUGGGCUCAGAUUGCAAAACCACAAGAGAAGCCAGUUUGCAGCAUCGCCUCCCGCACCAGCAGCACCGUCAGUUGUCCCUCCUGCGCCUGAACCGGUUCUUGAACUCCUUCCGUCACUACCAGCUGUUAAUGGCGAUGCAGAACCAGCAUCAGAGGGCUGGGAAGACCCGACAACCGUCCAGCCUCCUGAAUGGGACGACGAGCCUCUUUCACUUCAACCCCAAGCCCAAUAUCAACCUCCUGUAGACGUUUGGGUUUCAUCUCACCCUCUGCCAACGUCGGAGCCAGAACCCGUACCGGAGCCUCCCGUCGUACAAGAGGAACCUGUUGCUCCCGCACCCGAGCCUGUGGCCGUUGUCUCGAUCUCGGUCUCGGCUCUUCCAGCCCAAAUUCAAAAGCAGGAUGCGCCGACGAGGUCUAAGUCGCCUGUGUCUCUUUCUUCGCGUCCUGCGGUUCGUGGCAAGUACAAGGGAAUAGAUCAGGCUGUUGUGAUGCCUUCGUCGACUGGUUUUAUGCCUGGUCUUGAGAAAAUGGGCAUGCAGUUUGGAAGUUUGAGUCUUGGUGGAGAUGUUAUUGAACCUAUGCCAGUGGAACCUCCUGUAGCUGAACAGCAACCAUCCCCACAGCAGGUCACGCAGUCCCUCCCUCCCCCUGCGCCUCCUGCUCCCGUUCAGCAACAAGAACCUCAACAGAGUACUCCUGUGUCUGUUGCGUCUGUUGCUUCAUCUAUCGCUACUUCUCCCGCGCAACCUGUUCUCCCUCCUCCACCGGUGCAACCUGUUCUACCUCCUUCGCAAACGGCGCAAUUUGUACCUCCCCAACCUGCAGCACCAAUCCCGCAAGUACCUCAGCAUGCUCUAGCACCUUCGAUGUCCCUUCCUACGCUUCCGCCUUCGAGUACUAGCUUUACGCAACAGCCUCCCUCGCAGCCGCAGCAUCUGACUCAGGCUCAGCAUCAGCACCAACACCAGCCUCAACACCAGCUGCAGCCACAGGCGCAGCACCAACCUCAACACCAACCGCAACACCAACCUCAGCAUCAACCCCAGCAUCAACCUCAGCAAUUGCCACAACCGUAUGCUGCGCACUUGCACCUUGACAGCCCACAAACGCAGUCUCAACAGUACAGCCCUGCGCAGCAGGUGCAGGCUCAGUCUGCUGCUUACUUCCGGCAAGAUGCACCGUACUUCAAUGCGCCGACGCCUCCUCAGCAGCAGGAUUACAGUGCAUCUAUGAGUGCCGGUAUGGGUCCAUUUGGACAGAUCGGGACGCAGCAUCAGCAGCACCAAACGCAAGGGAGUCACCUUAGCGGCUUUGGUGGCAGCGAAUAUUACACUGAUAAUCAACGCGGCUUUUAUGAUUCAUAUGCGCAGUCUCCAGGGUUUGGAGGCAACCGCAAUGUGCUGGGUCAUGAUGAUGUCAAGGGCCUUCCUACCUCUCAACACCAACAUCAACAUUCGCAACCUCCCUCGUCGGCUAUUCCUCCUUCUGCGUCUCAGUCGUCGCAGCCCGCUGCUGCGAAUGCACAGCAACCCUAUGCGCCGCCCAUGCCCUACUUCUAUCCGUACCCCCAAAGCCAGUACUAUGGCACUCCCUACAAUCAAGGUUAUCCCACGCCGUUCGUCAAGUACCCUGCUCCUACUCCGCCAGCGAUGUUCCAGCACCAACACCAGCCCUCGAAGCAGAAUGACGGGUUGAGUAUGGGUACGGGCGUACAGCGUGGAUUCGGCGGUGAGAGGCAGUUGUAUGGACACGGGCAAGGAUUCUUGGGUCGCGGGGUAGCUGCGCAGAGCGGGUCGCCUGAAGCUGCUUACCGCAAAGAUUCAGGACAAGGCGUCGGCGUGCAACAGCAAGCUGCUGGUCGUGGCGUGCGAGGACAGUACCCGCAGGUGCAGGGUAACUCGGAAGGCAAUUUCUACCCAUACCAACCGAGUCGUCAAUAUUGGCAGUAG